AUGACUGAUCAAGCCGGCGAUAAAUAUGCUCAGGUGAUAAGCGACGGCCAGCAAACAGUUACGCUAACAGGAGCUAUUGUCGAGCUCGUCGGGCGCCCCCUUUCGUCCAUAUGGCGGAAGCGAAAUACAACUCAGGCCUUCAAGGAAAGGCUAGGGGAGUGGGCUGACGAGGCAGUUGAUCGCAAGGGCCGGUGGCUGCAGCCCGUACUCCGUAGCAGGGCGUUCGAAGAUCACCUGGUGCGUGAGAACGGGUAUUUCCAGCCUACUGGACAGUGCGAUUCGUCGUUCGCCUGGGCGCAGUUACUCUACGCCCUCAACAUUCGUCCCGGUGGUGGUGUUAUAGCCUGGAGACUGCCACCAAAAGUCAUCAACCCAGCGGUCGCCGGGGAUGUCGCACUUGAGGUCGAUGGCGCUGCCAUGUGCCACAUUAUCAAUAUUUUUCGUAUGUAUAAGAAAUCUGCGCCUGAGGAUUUCAGUCGAUGUUCUUUCCCUUUCGGUCGCUUGUCGAUAGAUCAAAAUGGUGCCAAGUUUACAGCGACAUUCGAACCGGGAACACAAGACGAUCUCCGAGAACAGCGAGUGCCUUUCUCUUAUAGGUGCUGGGCGAUUCCUGGAAGCUACCUACUCAUCGACAAAGAGGUGGUAGUUGCAAACUACUUUAAUGCAAUACAUUACGACAUCUCAGAUGCAGCAGAAAUUGGGGGCUUACCCAAUCCAAACCAGCCGAUGAAGGAUAGGGCUAGUUUCCUCUUACGAGCACUCGAGCUGCUCAGGUCCGGUGGUCUAGAUCAUGCGUGCACGAAAUGCCCCAGAAUCUGCACAGAAGCUUGGCACAGACCCAGGCUGAUCACCAGAACAUGGAUGGAAGAGAUGAGCCGGAUCAAGCGUCGAGUCACAACCAACGGGGGAGAAGACAUGAGCCUAAUCGAAUACGUUGUAUCCUCUCUCGCCGACAGACCCAACUUUGUAGCUGAGGUGAAUCACUCGUGCUCAAUAUUUUUUAGGUUUGCCGGAGAACAAGAAAGGUGGAAGCCUUUGGUGCGGAGCUGGCUGGACGAGAGGUGUAUGUCUUCGCAAAGCGGAUUCAGUUCUUACUGGACUCAGUCUAGUCCGUCAACGGGAUUGAUGGAGCAAGUUUUGAAUCGGCUUAUGCUGAAGGAACUUCCGUCUGUUCUCGAAAAUUUAAAGAUGCAGCCGAAGGGUUCCUGGUUGAAAGAGCUAUCUACGAUGGUCUCGGACCUUAUUGAUCUGCUUACGGCUGGGGAUGACUUGAUAAAUGCACCGCUAGUUGUCCUUGGGUUAGGCGCAGAUCAUAGCCUGUGGCAGGGCACCUGUGAAGUCCGAGGUCAAUGA